AUGGUGGUGGAGAAAGAGAUGAAUGUUACUAACAUCCGUGCUAACGCAACCCACAUACCAGAGCGCUUUUCGCACAGCUUCAAGCGUGUGUGGUGCACACAUGGCUCAACGCAAUCCUCCCGCGGCGAGGGUCUCCGCAUUUGUGCAUUGAGGUACACUGGAUGUAAGGCGAGCUUCCUGGUACGGUGUGUCGAGAUUGUCAAACAGGGUAUUGCUGCAUGGGAGGUGCAAGUGGACUCGGACACUGAGAUAUCUACGCACAACCACGAAACAAACAAGCUCAUUUUCGACUCGUAUCGUGGAGCAAAGUCCAUCUCGAUUCCGGCCCAGGUUCGCCGAGAGCUUGGGCUCUUGACGGAUAUGAAGACGAGAACUUCGGAUAUCAACCGAUAUCUGUCGAAGCAGCUUGAUAUAGUUUUAUCUCUCCAGCAAACAAGAAAUAUUCUUAAGCAAGUACUAGGAAGUACGACACUUGCGAGGACGGACACAAUUUUGGAUGGGUUUGCGGAUGGAGAUGCUGGCAGCUUGGUUGUAAGUGUGUGUGCCAGCCUCCACAUCAUCUCCUCCCUUAAGUUGCUUAACAACUUCGGCAAGUUCCGUUCUCAAUGUAUUACGAUGGUGGGGACGGUGGAGCUGGCUGGCUAA